GCACUGCCGCAGUCGUCCCGCUUUUUUUUUUCUUCUUUAAAAACAAAAAAAAAAACGAGGAUCCAUUGGGGGAAUCUUUCGAUUUCGCCUCUUCACGUCUAUCGUCUCUCCGAUUCAUCUGUCGACCUAUUUCGUGACGGGCGCAAACCAAAAAAAAAUUGAACGCAAAUUGCAACGCCUUUUGAAUAAAAACUGUCAAACGAGCGCCAAUGACAACGGGAAACGACGAAGCGAACAAAAGGAAUAAUUCAAAUCAAACUCUUUUUGAAAAAAAAAAAAUAUAUAUAUACUAAAAACAAGAGAAUAUCAUGAGCUCGGCAGCGUCGGUGCAAAAAGAAUUUGAACCGCGUUCCGAUUUGGCGAACGAACGGAACAAAAGGAUCGCCAAAAAAAAAACUCACGUCCCAUAAACAUCCGCUGCCGAUUUCCACGAAAAUGUGUUUGUGGCUUACAUCGCCGCCGUGCCUUAUUGGAUGAUGGCUCUAUUUAGCAAAUAAGAGGCCCCCUCAGUGCUGGUGUGAGAGAAAAGUGCGGCCGGGAGGGAAAUUUCGGGAUUUUAAAAAACAACAAAACAAGUGAGACAUGUCGGAAAAUAGAGGCCAUCAUCAUAGAUCGAUGUCUGUGAGAGACAGGGACCAUCACGUGAUCCAUCAUCACCGGGACCCGCGUUUGAGGAGAGGCUACCUGCCACCUGCCGGUCCCGAUCCCGAUUCGUGGUUUUAUAAGUUGAAGGAAUUCGCCCGUAAACUCAUCGCUUUCCUGUUCGGCCACGUCGGCAUUUGCGGCCUGGUCGUCGGCUACAUCAUCAUGGGCGCGUUCGCCUUUAUGGCCAUCGAGUCGGAGGACCAGAAGAGGCGCUACGAGGAUGUGGUCAAGGUGCGCGAGGCGACGAUCCGCAAUUUGUGGAACAUUACGCACGAGUUGAACGUGCUCUACCCCAGCGAGUGGAACGAGUCCGUCUCGAUCCAGGUGCAACUCUUCCAGCAGAAGAUCGUCCAGUUCGUCAUGGAGGGAUACGACGGGAAAAAUUACGUCAAUCAAACGCGAUCUCAACAGAACGGGGCAACACAUCAUGGAGAAGCAGACGCUGGAACAACGGGCGCUUGGUCCUUUUCCGCUUCUUUCCUCUACUGUCUCACCGUCAUCACCACUAUCGGGUACGGGAACAUCGCGCCGCGGACCGUGAUGGGCAAGAUGGUGACGAUCGUCUACGCCAUGGUGGGCAUGCCGCUCUUCCUCCUCUACGUCUCCAACAUGGGCGACUUCCUGGCCACCUGCUUCCGAUGGGGUUACGUCAAAUUGUGCAAAUGCAGCUGCUUUAGCCGGCCCGUCAGCCAUCACGGCGCGCAGCGCGGAGCCAGGCGGAGGAUUAGCCAACGAUCGGGACCCGGCCGGCAAGAUUUAAUCCAGCAACAACAGCAAUACGAUCACAUGGCGUCUAUCCAUCAGCGGCGAAUAGGUGGCGCUGAGUACGACCUCGAAUUGCAACCGGGCGCGCCUUACGACGCCAUCCAUCACGUCGUCUCCGUCCAUCCAGCCCAGCAGCAAGCGGCCCAGCCGGACUACACGACGGCCACGGUGCCGAUCACGAUUUCUCUGACGGUGAUGGUCACUUAUGUUGUGGGCGGAGCCGUCCUGUUCCAGCAAUGGGAGACGGACUGGGAUUACCUGGACGGCUCCUAUUUCUGUUUCAUCAGUUUGAGCACGACCGGGUUCGGCGACCUGGUGCCGGGCGAAAAGAUCAACAGCUCAUCGGGCGUCGAGUUGUCGCUCAUCUUCUGCUCCAUGUACCUCAUCAUCGGCAUGGCCUUGAUCGCCAUGUGCUUCAAUCUGAUGCAGGAGGAAGUCAUCGCCAAAGUGCGCAAAUUCGGCCAGCUACUCGGCUGCAUCAAAGCUGGCGAAGAAUAACAUAAAAACAAUUGAUUCAUUCAUUUUUU